AUCCCCCCACACAAGUUGGCUUACAAUGGGGUUCGACCUGAAAAUUCGCCUUCGCAGCUACUUCGACAAGUACGGCCCACUGAUCAGUGCCUUCAAGUCCAUAUGGACGGUCUACAGAUCCACCGACCAUGAGCCGGGGACCUCAGUCCAGCGCCGCGCGUUCGCGCAGUGGUUCACGGAAGUUGCACCGCACUUCAUCGCCUUCGAGGACACAACCUCCCUGCCCGCGCUCGCGGCCGCCGCCCACGGGACCGUCCUCGAGCUCGGCCCCGGAUCAGGCAACCAGCUGCACCGGUACAAGACCGACCAGAUCACCGCCAUCUACGGCGUGGAGCCCAACGCGGCGUUCCGCGAUGCGCUGAUCACCCGGAUCGAGGCGCUGCAGCUGGACACCCUAUAUGUGCCAGUGUUCUGCGAUGUUAUGGACGGCGCGGCCCUCGAGAGGCACGGGCUUGUCGCGGAGAGCGUCGACUGCGUGACUAGCUUCGGGGUGCUGUGCUCCGUCGAGCACCCGGAGGAGGUGGUCGCCCAGCUCUGGCGGUUGCUGAAGCCCGGCGGCGAGUUGGUCGUCUGGGAGCACGGGGCGAGUGAGGAUUGGGUUACCUGGGUCGUGCAGAAGGUCUGGAAUCUGGUGUGGCCCGUGGCGUUGGAUGGGUGUCGUUUGGAUCGCCCGAUAGCCGAUAUCCUGUUCAAGUCGGCGGAUUGGGAGGUUGUGAAGCUGCGGUCGGAGGGGGAGAAGUGGAGUAUGAUGCCUCGGGUCUCGGGAAUCUUGAGGAAGGUGCAGCGUGGGUGAAAUUGCUCUCGAUGGUUGAGGGGCUCGCUGUCAGCGGUUCUAGGCAUGGGAGCUUAUUUUGUCUCUCUGUAGUCGUGACUACUGCUCAGGAGACGGCGAGGAGGAGAUCUGGCAAAGACAACCAACGAAGUACUUCGAGCUCAGAAAGUACUAUCGGCAUUAUUGUCGAGCCAAUAGGCUAUGCAAGGGUGAAUUGGUUUUAGAUUCCAGAGUAAAACGGUAGAGUAG